AUGUUUAGCCAGAGGCUGGUGGUGUCCUUGGCUGUGAAACACGCUGUGUCCUCACAGCAACCCUGAGUCUCUGGCUGUGUCCUCACAGCAACCCUGAGUCUCUGGCUGUGUCCUCACAGCAACCCUGAGUCCCUAGCUGUGUCCUCACAGCAACCCUGAGUCUCUGGCUGUGUCCUCACAGCAACCCUGAGUCUCUGGCUGUGUCCUCACAGCAACCCUGAGUCUCUGGCUGUGUCCUCACAGCAACCCUGAGUCUCUGGCUGUGUCCUCACAGCAACCCUGAGUCUCUGGCUGUGUCCUCACAGCAACCCUGAGUCUCUGGCUGUGUCCUCACAGCAACCCUGAGUCUCUGGCUGUGUCCUCAACACAACCCUGAGUCCCUAGCUGUGUCCUCACAGCAACCCUGAGUCCCUAGCUGUGUCCUCACAGCAACCCUGAGUCUCUGGCUGUGUCCUCACAGCAACCCUGAGUCUCUGGCUGUGUCCUCACAGCAACCCUGAGUCUCUGGCUGUGUCCUCACAGCAACCCUGAGUCUCUGGCUGUGUCCUCACAGCAACCCUGAGUCUCUGGCUGUGUCCUCACAGCAACCCUGAGUCUCUGGCUGUGUCCUCAACACAACCCUGAGUCCCUAGCUGUGUCCUCACAGCAACCCUGAGUCCCUAGCUGUGUCCUCACAGCAACCCUGAGUCUCUGGCUGUGUCCUCACAGCAACCCUGAGUCCCUAGCUGUGUCCUCACAGCAACCCUGAGUCUCUGGCUGUGUCCUCAACACAACCCUGAGUCCCUAGCUGUGUCCUCACAACAACCCUGAGUCUCUGGCUGUGUCCUCAACACAACCCUGAGUCUCUGGCUGUGUCCUCAACACAACCCUGAGUCCCUAGCUGUGUCCUCACAACAACCCUGAGUCUCUGGCUGUGUCCUCAACACAACCCUGAGUCUCUGGCUGUGUCCUCAACACAACCCUGAGUCUCUGGCUGUGUCCUCAACAACAACCCUGAGUCUCUGGCUGUGUGUCCUAACUACAACCCUGAGUCUCUGGCUGUGUCCUCAACCCAACCCUGAGUCCCUAGCUGUGUCCUCACAGCAACCCUGAGUCUCUGGCUGUGUGUCCUAACUACAACCCUGAGUCUCUGGCUGUGUCCUCAACCCAACCCUGAGUCUCUGGCUGUGUCCUCACAGCAACCCUGAGUCUCUGGCUGUGUCCUCAACACAACCCUGAGUCCCUAGCUGUGUCCUCAACACAACCCUGAGUCGCUGGCUUUGUCCUCAACACAACCCUGAGUCUCUGGCUGUGUCCUCAACCCAACCCUGAGUCUCUGGCUGUGUGUCCUCACAGCAACCCUGAGUCUCUGGCUGUGUCCUCAACACAACCCUGAGUCUCUGGCUGUGUCCUCAACACAACCCUGAGUCUCUGGCUGUGUCCUCAACACAACCCUGAGUCUCUGGCUGUGUCCUCAACCCAACCCUGAGUCUCUGGCUGUGUCCUCAACACAACCCUGAGUCUCUGGCUGUGUCCUCAACCCAACCCUGAGUCUCUGGCUGUGUGUCCUCAACACAACCCCGAGUCUCUGGCUGUGUCCUCACAGCAACCCCGAGUCUCUGGCUGUGUGUCCUCAACACAACCCUGAGUCUCUGGCUGUGUGUCCUCAACACAACCCUGAGUCUCUGGCUGUGUCCUCAACACAACCCUGAGUCUCUGGCUGUGUGUCCUCAACACAACCCUGAGUCUCUGGCUGUGUGUCCUCAACACAACCCUGAGUCUCUGGCUGUGUGUCCUAAACACAACCCUGAGUCUCUGGCUGUGUCCUCAACACAACCCUGAGUCUCUGGCUGUGUCCUCAACACAACCCUGAGUCUCUGGCUGUGUGUCCUCAACACAACCCUGAGUCUCUGGCUGUGUGUCCUCAACACAACCCUGAGUCUCUGGCUGUGUGUCCUCAACACAACCCUGAGUCUCUGGCUGUGUGUCCUAAACACAACCCUGAGUCUCUGGCUGUGUCCUCAACACAACCCUGAGUCUCUGGCUGUGUCCUCAACACAACCCUGAGUCUCUGGCUGUGUGUCCUCAACCCAACCCUGAGUCUCUGGCUGUUUACUGACUGUAGUACUGUGCUGUUCUUCUGAGGAAACUCUCCUCACCCGUGGUUUCCUUUUUUUUUUUUUUUUGUAGAAAAUUGUGUACUGUAAAAUGAUCAAAUGUAGAUGGGAUGUUUAUACAGCACGAAUAUCAUACACCUUUAUCCACAGAGAUCCUAGCAUUAGAUUGAAUUAUGUGAACAUAUUAAUGCACAAAGCACAGACUGAGACUCAAGGGAACUCUGACCCAGUGUGGGACUCAAAGUAGAAGUGUUAAUGGAUGGUGCUUAGUGUUACAUUCCUAACACUAAAAGGCUCAUAUGGGAACAUUAAGUCUAUAUGAGAACAUACUGGUAGAGACCAGGGGGAUGGGAUGUCUAUAUGAGAACAUACUGGUAGAGACCAGGGGGAGUGUGGUGUGGUGUGGUGUGUGUGUGUGUGUGUGUGUGUGUGUGUGCGUGCGUGUGUGUGUGUGUGUGUGCGUGCGUGUGUGUGCGUGCAUUUGGCUCGUUGUUGAUUUAAGUGUCCUCAUUUUGUUUCAGAGUUAUCUUGUUCUACUAGAUUCCUCUCUCUCUCCUCUCUCCCUCUCUCUGAAUUCAAUUAAAUUUAAGGGCUUUAUUGGCAUGGGAAACGUAUGUUAACAUUGCCAAAGCAAGUGAAGUAGAUAGUAAACAAAAGUGAGAUAAACAAUACAAAUUAACAGUAAACAUUACACUCAGAAGAUCCAAAAGAAUAAAGACAUUUCAAAUGUCAUAUUAUGUCUAUAUACAGUGUUGUAACAAUGUGCAAAUAGUUAAAGUACAAAUGGGAAAAUAAAUAAACAUAAAUAUGGGUUGUAUUUACAAUGGUGUUUGUUCUUCACUGGUUGCCCUUUUCUUGUGGCAACAGGUCACAACAGGGCUCUGUCUCUGUCUCUGUAUCUGUCUCUGUCUCUGUCUCUGUCUCUGUCUCUCUCUCUCUGUCUCUCGUUCGCUCGCGUUCGAUCUCUAGCUCUCUAGCUCUCCUAGCUCUUCUCAGCAGAGUAGUAGCUAGAGAGAGCCUCUAUCGGCGUCAUCCGAGCUAUAGCUCUAGAGAUCUCUUAGCGUCACUCUACUAUCAGGCGAUGCUCUCUCUCUCUCUCUCUAUCUCUCUCUCUCUAUCUCUCUCUCUCUCUCUCUCUCUCUCUCUCUCAUCUCUCCUCUCUCUCUCUCUCUCUCUCUCUCGCUCACGUCAUUUCAAUGAAAUGUGCUCCAUUACUGUCUACAGGGAUAUUAAUAUGCCUGAGGUGGGCAACAUGCUCCAUUGCUGGCUACAGGGAUAUUAAUAUGCCUGAGGGUGUGUGUGUGUAUGUGUGUGUGUGAUUAGAAUUCAAAUCUCAAUUGUCUGGAUUUUACUCCAACCCGUCAUCCACACAUUAGUCUCUGUAAGCAGUUGAUAGACUUGAGCCUUGUCUUUAAUGGUCUGGAACUAAAUAGGCUUUAGCUAAGUGUUCAGUAAUAUGUGAUAGGCCUAAAGAUAUCAUGUAAUCGGUUGUGACUGUAAUUCAGAUAACAGUAUAAUUAGUAAUAUUAAUUAAAGAUUAGAAAAGUGAAUUCCCAAAAAAGGAGCACUGCCUUCAUUCUAAAAACUGGGCUAAGUAUCUCAGGUGUGUCUUGUGAAAUAGAUUUGAUCUGAAUGAGAAUAAGCUGUAUCUCUACAGGUGAAAUGUGUGAUGUACGCUCCUCUCCUGCAGAUUGAGGAGAUAGUGACCCGUAUCCAGGAUGAGACUGAGGGUGUUCCCAUCAGAACUGUGAAGAGCUUCCUGACCAAGAUACCCAGCGUCGUCACAGGUGAGAGUGCAGCUGAGGCCGGCGUGUGUGUGGUGUGUGUGUGUGUGUGUGUGUGUGUGUGUGUGUGUGUGUGUGUGUGUGUGUGUGUGUGUGGCCACGGCAACACCAAAUAAUUGAUGACCUCAACCACUCUUAUGAUUCAUCCCCUCUCAGGAUAUAUUACUUUAGUGGGCCAUGAGCAGAGAGGCCUAUCAAUAAACAAUAUUACUACAGACAUAUGCACACGGACACAGCGUAGAACCACAAGCCUCUCUCUCUCUCUCUCUCUAACACUAUUACUACAGACAUAUGCACACGGACACAGCGUAGAACCACAAGCCUCUCUCUCUCUCUCUCUCUCUAACACUAUUACUACAGACAUAUGCACAACGGGACACAGCGUAGAACCACAAGCCUCUCUCUCUCUCUCUCUCUAACACUAUUACUACAGACAUAUGCACACGGACACAAGCGUAGAACCACAAGCCUCUCUCUCUCUCUCUUCUAACACUAUUACUACAGACAUAUGCACACGGACACAGCGUAGAACCACAAGCCUCUCUCUCUCUCUCUCUCUAACACUAUUACUACAGACAUAUGCACACGGACACAGCGUAGAACCACAAGCCUCUCUCUCUCUCUCUCUCUAACACUAUUACUACAGACAUACUGAGCCACAAGCCUCUCUCUCUCUCUCUCUAUCUCUCUCUAACACUAUUACUACAGACAUAUGCACACGGACACAGCGUAGAACCACAAGCCUCUCUCUCUCUCUCUCUCUAACACUAUUACUACAGACAUAUGCACACGGACACAGCGUAGAGCCACAAAUCAAAUAAAUGAUGUGGAAGGCAGUGCUUCUAUAGUCAUUGAGAGGAUUGUUCUCUCUCUCUCUCUCUAUCUCUAUCUCUAUCUCUAUCUCGCUCGCUCGCUCGCUCGCUCGCUCAAUUUAAUUCAAUUUAAGGGCUUUAUUGGCAUGGGAAACAUAUGUUUACAUUGCCAAAAGUGAAAUAAACAAUAAAUAAUUAACAGUAAACAUUACACUCACAAAAGUUCAAAAAGAAUAAAGACAUUUCAAGUGUCAUAUUAUGUCUAUGUACAGAGUUGUAAUGAUGUGAAAAUAGUUAAAGUACAAAAAGGAAAAUAAAUAAACAUAAAUAUAGGUUGUAUUUACAAUGGUGUUUGUUCUUCAUUGGUUGCCCUUUUCUUGUGGCAACAGGUCACACAUAUUGCUGCUGUGAUGGCACACUGUGGUUUUUCACCUAAUAGAUAUGGUUGUUUAUCAAAAUUUUAUUUUCUUUCGAAUUCUUUGUGGGUCUGUGUAAUAUGAGGGAAAUAUGAGUCUCUAAUAUGGUCAUACAUUUGGCAGGAAGUUAGGAAGUGCAGCUGAGUUUUCACCUCAUUUUGUGGGCAGUCUGCCUACGGCGGCCUUUCUAAAUAGCAAGGCUAUGCUCACAGUGCUGUACAUAGUCAAAGAUUACCUUAAUUUCGGGUCAGUCACAGUGGUUAGGUAUUCUGCCACUGUGUACUCUCUGUUCAGGGCCAAAUAUAAUUCUAGUUUGCACAGUUUCAAAAAAAAAUCUUUCCAAAUAUGUCAAGUGAUUCUCUUUAUGUUUUCUCAUGAUUUGGUUGGGUCUAAUUGUGUUGCUGUCCUGGGGUCUGUUUGUGUUUGUGAACAGAGCCCCAGGACCAUCUUGUUUAGGGGACUCUUCUCCAAGUUCAUCUCUCUGUAGGUGAUGACUUUGCUAUGGAAGGUUUGGGAAUUUCUUCCUUUUCGGUGGUUGUAGAAUUUAACGGCUCUUUUCUGGAUUUUGAUAAUUAGCGGUUAUCGGCCUAAUUCUGCUCUGCAUGCAUUAUUUGGUGUUUUACGUUGUACACAGAGGAUAUUUUUGCUGAAUUCUUGGUUGGAGUCUCAAUUUGGUGUUUGUCCCAUUUUGUGAAUUCUUGGUUGGUGAGCGGACCCCAGACCUCACAACCAUAAAGGGCAAUGGGUUCUAUAACUGAUUCAAGUAUUUCUAGCCAGAUCCUAAUUGGUAUGUCGAAUUUUAUGUUCCUUUUGAUGGCAUAGAAGGCCCUUCUUGCCUUGUCUCUCAGAUCGUUCACAGCUUUGUGGAAGUUACCUGUGGCGCUGAUGUUUAGGCCGUGGUAUGUAUAGUUUUUUGUGUGCUCUAGGGCAACGGUGUCUAGAUGGAAUUUCUAUUUGUGGUCCUGGCAACUGGACCUUUUUUGGAACACCAUUAUUUUUGUCUUACUGAGAUUUACUGUCAGGGCCAAGGUCUGACAUAAUCUGUGCAGAAGAUCUAGGUGCUGCUGUAGGCCCUCCUUGGUUGGUGACAGAAGCACCAGAUCAUCAGCAAACAGUAGACAUUUGACUUCAGAUUCUAGUAGGGUGAGGCCGGGUGCUGCAGACUGUUCUAGUGCCCUCGCAAAUUAGUUGAUAUAUAUGUUGAAGAGUGUGGGGCUUAAACUGCAUCCCUGUCUCACCCGAUGGCCCUGUGGAAAGAAAUGUGUGUUUUUUUGCCAAUUUUAACCGCACACUUGUUGUUUGUGUACAUGGAUUUUAUAAUGUCGUAUGUUUUUCCCCCAACACCACUUCCCAUCAAUUUGUAUAGCAGACCCUCAUGCCAAAUUGAGUCAAAAGCUUUUUUGAAAUGAACAAAGCAUGAGAAGACUUUGCCUUUGUUUUGGUUUGUUUGUUUGUCAAUUAGGGUGUGCAGGGUGAAUACGUGGUCUGUCGUACGGUAAUUUGGUAAAAAGCCAAUUUUCAAAUCAAAUCAAAUCAAAUUUUAUUGUUCACAUGCGCCGAAUACAACAGGUGCAGACAUUACAGUGAAAUGCUUACUUACAGCCCUUAACCAACAGUGCAUUUAUUUUAAACAAAACAAGUAAGAAUAAAACAACAACAAAAAAGGUGUUGAGAAAAAAAGAGCAGAAGUAAAAUAAAGUGACAGUAGGGAGGCUAUAUAUACAGGGGGGUACCGUUGCAGAGUCAAUGUGCGGGGGCACCGGCUAGUUGAGGUAGUUGAGGUAAUAUGUACAUGUGGGUAGAGUUAAAGUGACUAUGCAUAAAUACUUAACAUAAAUACUUAACUUUGACAUUUGCUCAGUACAUUGUUUUCACUGAGGAAAUGAACUAGUCUGCUGUUAAUGAUAAUGCAGAGGAUUUUCCCAAGGUUGCUGUUGAAGGUCUCCAUAUCCCACGGUAGUUAUUGGGGUCAAAUUUGUCUCCACUUUUGUGGAUUGGGGUGAUCAGUCCUUGGUUCCAAAUAUUGGGCAAGAUGCCAGAGCUAAGGAUGAUGUUAAAGAGUUUAAGUAUAGCCAAUUGGAAUUUGUGGUCUGUAUUUCAUUGAGGAUACCAUCAACACCACAGGCCUUUUUGGGUUGGAGGGUUUGUAUUUUGUCCUGUAGUUCAUUCAAUGUAAUUGGAGAAUUACAUCCAGUGGGUUCUGGUAGUCUUUAAUAGUUGAUUCUAAGAUUUGCAUUUGAUCAUGUAUAUUUUUUUGCUGUUUGUUCUUUGUUAUAGAGCCAAAAAGAUUGGAGAAGUGGUUUACCCAUACAUCUCCGUUUUGGAUAGAUACCUCUUCGUGUUGUUCUUUGUUUAGUGUUUUCCAAUUUUCCCAGAAGUGGUUAGUCUAUGGAUUCUUCAAUUACAUUGAGCUGAUUUCUGACAUGCUGUUCCUUCUUUUUCCGUAGUGUAUUUCUGUAUUGUUUUAGUGAGUCACCAUAGUGAAGGCGUAGGCUCAGGUUUUCUGGGUCUCUCUCUCUCUCUCUCUCUCUCUCUCUCUCUCUCUCUCUCUCUCUCUCUCUCUCUCUCUCACACACACACUCACACACUCACACACUCUCCCCUCUUGCCUUUUCCAAUGCAGACAGCUCAAGCUUUUUUUACACCGGGGAGGUUUAUAUUGAGUAAAUAGUAACUACAGUUCUGUGGUCUACUUUUGCCAAAGUAAAGAAAAGCUUACACCUACGUGCGUGUGUGUUGUUCGUCUUCUAUAACAGUCCUCUCUGUCUCUUGUCUCUACCAGGUGCAGACAUAGUGCAGUGGCUGAUGAAGAACCUAGCCAUUGGGGAUCCAGGUGGGUAAAUGUCAUGAAGACAAUUUGAAAUGCUUUUUGGAGUUUUGUAUUCAAUGGCAAUUAAAGUUUGUUUAAAGAAUGUAUUAAACGUGUGAUAGACCCUUUAUAAACUCUUAAUAGAGCAUGUAUUACAUGUUUGUAAUUGUCUCUUCCUUGUUACUGUACAUUGAUAUAGUUCAAGAUAAUGAGCUUUGUGUUCAAAUGCAAUAAUGCAAUAAUUAAGCAAUAAUGCACGAGGGGGUGUGGUAUAUGGUCAAUAUACCACGGCUAAGGGCUGUUCUUAGCCGUACCACAAACCCCUGAGGUGCCUUAUUGCUAUUAUGAACUGGUUACCAAUGUAAUUACAGCAGUAAAAAUGAAUGUUUUGUCAUACCCGUGGUAUGCGGUCUGAUAUACCACGGUUGUCAGGGCUCCAACCACCCAGUUUAUAAAGAUGUGAUAAACUCUUACUACAACAUUUAUUACAUGUCAGUAAAUCACUAACUGUGUCCCGUCCUUGUCCUUCCCCUGUAGCUGAGGCGAUGCACAUCGGGAGUCUGAUUGCUGCUCAUGGAUAUCUCUUCCCCGUCUCUGAUCACGUCCUGUCACUCAAAGACGACGGAACCUUCUAUCGCUUCCAGGUGAGCAGUAGGACCAUAUAAGGCAAGCUUCCAGGUGAGCAGUAGGACCAUAUAAGGCAGCUUCCAGGUGAGCAGUAGGACCAUAUAAACCAGCUUCCAGGUGAGCAGUAGGACCAUAUAAACCAGCUUCCAGGUGAGCAGUAGGACCAUAUAAGGCAGCUUCCAGGUGAGCAGUAGGACCAUAUAAGGCAAGCUUCCAGGUGAGCAGUAGGACCAUAUAAGGCAGCUUCCAGGUGAGCAGUAGGACCAUAUAAGCCAGCUUCCAGGUGAGCGGUAGGACCAUAUAAGCCAGCUUCCAGGUGAGCAGUAGGACCAUAUAAGCCAGCUUCCAGGUGAGCAGUAGGACCAUAUAAACCAGCUUCCAGGAGAGCGGUAGGACCAUAUAAGGACAUUUAAUCCCUCUAAAAUGAGGCAAAGAGGGAUUACAUAGGGAUCCCAGCAAAGCAAAAUUGGUUCUGUGAAUGUUCCCAGAACAUUGCAUUAUGUUGUGGGAAAGGUGCAGGAACAUUCCCCCGUUAACAGCUAAAAACAAACAUUUCAUACAUCUCUGCACUGAGGAGCCAGAUGAAACUCUCAACUGCCAGUGAGUGAAACUGCACCAAUGUGAACAGUUGUUCUCCCAUGCAUGUGUAGGCUACUUCCUACUUCCUACUUCCUACUCUCUUCAUGGAGAGAAAAAAUGAGAGCGCAAGACAGACAUGGACAAGUGCUGCCCAGUGUUAAUCUGAAUCUGACGACAGACAUGGACAAGUGCUGCCCAGUGUUAAUCUGAAUCUGACGACAGACAUGGACAAGUGCUGCCUCGUGUUAAUCUGAAUCUGACAGAUUGAGAAUGACGAAGUAUCAGACACUUUCCAUCUCAGGAAAAGGUACUUCCUCUGUUUCCACACAGGGGGUCCAUGACCCCAUUAAAAAUGAAUGGUGGAAUAUCCUGUGAAAUAUUUAUCACAACUGAACCCACAGAGAGAACAGUUAGGGGCCUGUUUACACAAAGCCUCAGAGUAGGAGCGCUGAUCUACGAUCAGGUCCCACGUAAUCCAUAUAUUCAUUACGAUCUAAAAAGUGGUCCUCUGUAGCUCAAUGUGGUCCUCUGUAGCUCAGCUGGUAGAGCACGGCGCUUGUAACGCCAGGGUAGUGGGUUCGAUCCCCGGGACCACCCAUACACAAAAAAUGUAUGCACGCAUGACUGUAAGUCACUUUGGAUAAAAACGUUUGCUAAAUGGCAAAAAAAUAAAUAAAAUAAUGGCCAAACUGAUCCUAGACCAGUGCUCCUACUCUGAGAGGCUUUGUACCAGGAGGCUCAGAGACCUUCACAGAGGGAAAACAAAGCCCCUUGUGUUCUAAAUGGAACCCUAUUCCCUAUACUGUAUAGGGCACUACUUUUGACCAGCGCUCUAUGGGCCCUGGUCAAAAGCAGUGCACUACAUAGGGAAUAGGGUGCCAUUUGGGAUGCACACAAUUCCAUUUCACCUUCUGCCUCCCGCCUACUCCGCACGCUGUGCAGAUUACAUUAUAGCAAUAAAUUAAUUCAUGCCAGCCUCUUUUAUCUGUCGGAAGCUUUCGCAGCAUGACACAUGUGACUCUUGGAAAGCAGUCUACUGUAUAUUUAUUUCUGUUGAAUCAACUAUAUGUCUUUACAAACGGACAUAUUUUUACUCUACGUUAUUGACUAUAUUCUUCCCUUCAUCCUCACUCCUCUGUCCAAACUUCUCUCCAUUCUCCAUCCCUCCAACCUCUCUCCAUCCCUCCAACCUCUCUCCAUCCCUCCAACCUCUCUCCAUCCUCCCUCCAACCUCUCUCCAUCCUCCCUCCAACCUCUCUCCAUCCUCCCUCCAACCUCUCUCCAUCCUCCUUCCAACCUCUCUCCAUCCUCCCUCCAACCUCUCUCCAUCCUCCCUCCAACCUCUCUCCAUCCUCCCUCCAACCUCUCUCCAUCCUCUCUCCAUCCCGCCAACCUCUCUCCCUCCCUCCAACCUCUCCAUCCCUCCAACCUCUCUCCAUCCUCCCUCCAUCCUCUCUCCAUCCCUCCAACCUCUCUCCAUCCCUCCAACCCUCUCCAUCCCCCAACCUCUCUCCAUCCCUCCAACCUCUUCUCCAUCCCUCCAACCUCUCUCCCAAUCCCCUCCAACCUCUCUCCAUCCCUCCAACCUCUCUCCAUCCUCCCUCCAACCUCUCUCCAUCCCUCCAACCUCUCUCAAUCCUCUCUCCAUCCCUCCAACCUCUCUCCAUCCUCUCUCCAUCCCUCCAACCUCUCUCCAUCCCUCCAACCUCUCUCCAUCCCUCCAACCUCUCUCCCUCUCUCCAUCCCUCCACCUCUCUCCAUCCCUCCAACCUCUCUCCAUCCCUCCAACCUCUCUCCAUCCCCUCCAACCUCUCUCCAUCCCUCCACCUCUCUCCAUCCCUCCAACCCUCCUCCCAUCCCUCCAACCUCUCUCCAUCCCUCCAACCUCUCUCCAUCCCCUCCAUCCCUCUCCAACGCUCUCCAUCCCUCCAACCUCUCUCCAUCCUCUCCAACCUCUCUCCAUCCUCUCUCCAUCCCUCCAACCUCUCUCCAUCCCUCCAACCUCUCUCCAUCCCUCCAACCUCUCUCCAUCCCUCCAACCUCUCUCCAUCCUCCCUCCAACCUCUCUCCAUCCUCCCUCCAACCUCUCUCUAUCCGGUCUCCAUCCCUCCAACCUCUCUCCAUCCAUCCCUCCAACCUCUCUCCAUCCUCCCUCCAACCUCUCUCCAUCCCUCCAACCUCUCUCCAUCCUCCCUACAACCUCUCUCCAUGCCUCCAACCUCUCUCCAUCCCUCCAACCUCUCUCCAUCCCUCCAACCUCUCUCCAUCCAUCCCUCCAACCUCUCUCCAUCCAUCCCUCCAACCUCUCUCCAUCCAUCCCUCCAACCUCUCUCCAUCCAUCCCUCCAACCUCUCCAUCCCUCCAACCUCUCUCCAUCCCUCCUUGACUCACAGGCUCCAUAUUUUUGGCUUUCUAACUGCUGGGAGCCAGAGAACACAGACUAUGGUAAGUCCAUAGAAAUGGAAAUACUAGAACAGAAAUUCCCUUUCAAAUCAAUGCUCUGUGUGACUGGUGGAAAUUCUCUGUCUAUGGUAUGUCAUUCACUAUAGGGGCUAGAAACCCUAACACUACCUCCUAUAGGACAGUGUCCCGGUCCCCAUCACUCCAGUGGACAUUACAGAUAGCCACAGCUCUCAGAACAGUCACAACCAGGAGACUCAUCAGCUCCAGUGGACAUUACAGAUAGCCACAGCUCUCAGAACAGUCACAACCAGGAGACUCAUCAGCUCCAGUGGACAUUACAGAUAGCCACAGCUCUCAGAACAGUCACAACCAGGAGACUCAUCAGCUCCAGUGGACACCUCCCUGGAACUAGGGAGGAACUAAAUCUGAUCAGGGACUAGGACCGGGAGAGAGAGAUAAUGAGGGGGGGGGGGGAUGGAAGAUGAGGGGAGAGGGGGAGUGGGAUGGAUGGAUGGAUGGAUGGAUGGAGUGAUGGAUGGAUGGAUGGAUGGAUGGAGUGAUGGAGUGAUGGAUGCGUGGAGAGGGAGAGUGAAGAAAGAGUGAUGAAGGGAGCUGGUGAGGAAGGGAUGGGAUGGAUGGAGAGGGAAGGGAGGUAUGGAUGGAAGGGGAGAGAUAGGGAGGGUGGGUUGAGGAGGAGAGGUUAGGGAUGAUGAGGGAGGAGUAUGGGUUGUUGUGGGUGGGCGGUUUUUUGGGGGUUUUUGGGGGGGCCCCGCCCCCGGGUGGGGGGGGGGGGGGGGUGGGGGGGGGGGGUUUGUUGGGGGGUGGGUUGGGUAGGGGGGGUUGGUUGGGGGGGUUUUGGGGGGUCCCCUGGUGUUCCCGGGGGUGUGGCUGGAGCCCCGGCCCGUGGGGGGUUGGUGGGGGGGGGUGGUGGGGGGGGCGGUGGGGGGGGGGGUGGGGGGGAAGGGGGAGGGUGGAUGGAUGGGGAGGGUGGGUGGGGAGGGUGGUGGGAGGGGGGCUGGGGGUGGGGGGGGCGGAGGGUGGGUGGUGGAGGGGGGGAGGUGGGGGUGGGGGGGAGAGAGGUUGGUGAGUGGGUAGUGGAUGGAGGCGGGGGCGGUUGGAUGUUGAGUGGCUGCUGAGGCUUGGAGGGGGUGGAUGGGGGGGCGUUUUCUGCUGCAUGGGGGCCCUCUGGGGCCGAUCUUUCGCUCUUCCCCUUCCGCCUCUUUUUCUGGCCUGCGACGUUUUUCUCUGCCGGGGCCGGGCUUCAUCCCCUCGUUGUCUUUUUUUCUUUGCUGGUUUUGCAAGGGGAGAGGUUAUCGAGUUUUCGCCCUCUGUCUCUCAUCUUAUCUUCUUUCUCUCUGGGUUUUCGCUUUCCCGCUCUUUCUCUCUUCCCCUCUCUCUCCUUCUUCUUUCUUUCUUUCGGGCGGCCUUCUUUCUUUCUUUUUUUUAUUCUUCUUUCUUUCCUUCUUCUUUCUUUUCUCUCUUCGCUCUUCCCUUCUUUUCUCUUUCUCUCCUUCUUCUCUCCUCUUUCUUUUCUCAUUCUUCCUUCUUCCUCCUGCUCUUUCUCUUCUUUCUUUCUCCACCUCUCUGUCUCUUUUCCCCCUCUCUCUCUCUCCCCCCUCUUUCUCUCUCUCCCCCCCUCUUUCCCCCUCUCCUCCCUUUCUUUCCUUUUCUCCCUCUCUCUCUCCUCCCUUUUCUCUCUCUCCUCUCCUCCUCUCAUUUCUCCUCUUCUCUCUCUCUCCCCCUCCUCUCUCUCUUCUUUUCUCUUCCUGGGGUCUCUCGUUUUUUCCUCCCUCUCUUUCCUUUUUCCCCCUCUCCUCUCCCUCCCUCUCUUCCCCUCUAUCUCUUCCCUCUCUCUCCCCUCUCCUCUUCUCUCUCUCUUCCCCCUCUCCUCUCUCUCUCCUCUCUCUACCUCCCCCCCCUCCCCUCCCCUCUUCCCUCCCUCGCCUCUCUCCUGCCCCCCCUCUCCCCUCCCCCUCUCUACCCUCUCCUCUCCCUCUCUCACCCCUCUCUCUUCUCUUCUCUCCCCUCUUCUCUCCCCCUCUCUCUUCCCCUCUUUUCUCCUCUCCUUUCCUUCCCCUCUCCUCUCUCCCUCUCCCCGUCCAAAGCCUUUCUCCUCCGCUCUCUCCCCUCCCUCCCCCCCCCCCCCCCCCCCCCACUCCUGCUCUCCUCCCAGCUAUCAUCUUUUGCAAGGCCCAGGGCAGAAACAAGCCCCCGUCGGGAGCGGCUGUUUAAAUGAGGCGGUGGGUCUGGAGGUCAUGUCUAUGUCCCCAAAUGGUACACUAUAUAUUCUAUAGUGCAAUACUUUUCACCAGGGCCCAUAGGGACAUUUCACUGUAACUGGAAAUACUACCCAACGUUUUUUCCCCCAUUUCAAUAAGCCCUGGCUGAUACAGGUAGUGAAACCAGCCAACAUAAACUUUAAGGUUCAGUUGAUUUGUGAUAGCAAUUUUACACUGCUAGGUGGCUGUGGUUGGGUUGCUUACGUGCCUCUCCCUCCCUCCCUCCCUCCCUCCCUCCCUCCCUCCCUCCCCUCCCUCCCUUUAUCCCUCUCCCCCAUCCUCUCCCUCCCUCUCUCCCCCCUCCCACCUCCCUCCCUCCCCUUUCCAUCCCUACCUCCCUCCCCCUUCUCUCCAUUAAUCAGGAGAACCUGGCCAGACUACAGAGAGCCUUCGCCAGGAAGUGGGAGUUUAUCUUCAUGCAGGCCGAGGCUCAGGUCAAGUAAGUAAAGUCGUUGUGUCUGUGUGUCUGUGUGUUUCUGUGUGUGUGUGUGUGUCUGUGUGUUUCUGUGUGUGUGUGUGUGUCUGUGUGUCUGUGUGUGUGUGUGUCUGUGUGUCUGUGUGUGUGUGUGUGUCUGUAUGUGUGUCUGUGUGUGUGUGUGUGUCUGUCUGUGUGUGUGUGUGUCUGUGUGUGUGUGUGUGUCUGUAUGUGUGUCUGUGUGUGUGUGUGUGUGUGUCUGUGUGUGUGUGUGUGUGUCUGUAUGUGUGUCUGUGUGUGUGUGUGUGUCUGUCUGUGUGUCUGUGUGUGUCUGUGUGUGUGUGUGUCUGUGUGUGUGUGUGUGUGUCUGUGUGUCUGUGUGUGUGUGUGUGUGUCUGUGGGUGUGUGUGUGUGUGUGGUUCAACCGCCUACUUUUUACACCCCUCCAUUGUGAACACUUUAAUUACGUUUUACACCCUCCAUUGUGAACACUUUAAUUACGAACCAACAAGAAGAAUCAGGAAUCAUGGGAGGAGAGACAGGGAUUUGUCCCAAAUGACGACCUACAGUGCAUUACUUCUGGUGCACUAUCUAGGGGAUAGAGUGCCAUUUGGACGGCGGCUGGGUGUGGAGCGCCGAGCGAGCGUGUGUGUGCGAGCGUGUGUGUGCGAGCGUGUGUGUGUGAGCGUGUGUGUGUGUGUGAGCGUGUGUGUGUGAGCGUGUGUGUGUGAGCGUGUGUGUGCGAGCGUGUGUGUGUGAGCGUGUGUGUGUGAGCGUGUGUGUGCGAGCGUGUGGUGUGCGAGCGUGGUGUGUGUGAGCGUGGUGUGUGUGUGUGUGAGCGUGUGUGUGUGAGCGUGUGUGUGUGAGCGUGUGUGUGCGAGCGUGUGUGUGCGAGCGUGUGUGUGGAGCGUGUGUGUGCGAGCGUGGUGUGUGUGAGCGUGUGUGUGUGUGUGAGCGUGUGUGUGUGAGCGUGUGUGUGUGAGCGUGUGUGUGUGAGCGUGUGUGUGUGAGCGUGUGUGUGUGUGAGCGUGUGUGUGUGAGCGUGUGUGUGUGUGAGCGUGUAUGUGCGAGCGUGUGUGUGUGAGCGUGUGUGUGUGAGCGUGUGUGUGUGAGCGUGUGUGUGUGAGCGUGUGUGUGUGAGCGUGUGUGUGUGUGAGCGUGUGUGUGUGAGCGUGUGUGUGUGUGAGCGUGGUGUGUGUGAGCGUGUGUGUGUGAGCGUGUGUGUGUGAGCGUGUGUGUGUGAGCGUGUGUGUGUGAGCGUGUGUGUGUGAGCGUGUGUGUGCGAGCGUGUGUGUGUGUGAGCGUGUGUGUGUGAGCGUGUGUGUGUGAGCGUGUGUGUGUGAGCGUGUGUGUGUGAGCGUCAGUGUACAGCUCUGUGUAAAUGCCAGUUAUAUAAGGGGAAAGUGGCACCGAUGGAAAUUCAUUUGCUCUGCUCUGCUCUGAGGCAGGGAGUCAGGCCGCAACUUUGAGAUGUUCUGUUCUUCUUAACACGAUGACAGUGUGUGUGUGUGUGUGUGUGUGUGUGUGUGUGUGUGUGUGUGUGUGUGCGCGUUUUCUUUUUGAUACAUUUCAAAGUGUAUUGUAUUUGUGUAGAUGUUUUUCUAUUACAAAUUACACCCCCUUAGGCUAUGUCUAACACUCUGUUCUUCUCACCCUGUCUCUCUCUCUCUUUUUCUCUCUUUCUCUAUCUCCCUCCCUCCCUCUCUCUCUCCCUCUCUCUCUCUCUCUCUCUCCCUCCCUCUCUCUCUCUCUCUCUCUCCCUCCCUCCCUCUCUCUCUCCCUCUCUCUCUCCCUCCCUCCCUCUCUCUCUCCCUCUCCUCCUCCAGGAUCGACAGGAAAAAGGAUAGAAUUGAGAGGAAGAUUCUAGAUAGUCAAGAAAGAGCUUUCUGGGAUGUCCAUAGACCUGUGGUAUGUUUGUAUGUGUGUGUGUUUUGUGGUAUGUGUGUGUGUGUGUUUUUAAAUAUUUCAGUACCUGGACUUGCCCAAUAACACUCAAUUUCUAUUUUGAAAAUGUUUCCUUAUGCCUGUGCCUGCUGAACACGAACCUUGGUCCUCCAUGACCUCCAGCCAGGUUGUGUGAACAUCACAGAGAUGGACAUCAGGAAAUGCAGACGCAUGAAGAACCCACAGAGAGUCAAAAAGGUAUGGACAGGAAGGACUAGAUUCACUAGACCGUGGCCAGAACUAUAGGGUUGGUGUAGUGGAUGGGUCACAAGACAAUGUCAAAGGCUUUACAAAAACGUUUGGGAACCCAUUAUUGAGGAACGGGAUGGUAACAUGCCUCUCUCCCCUCUCCUUUUCCAUCUCCUCCUCUCCAUCCCCCUGUCCAGUAUCGACUGAUAGAGGGUCAGUCUCAGAGCCCAGUACACACACCCUCACAAAUUCCCAGGAAAGGCACCAAAGAGGACGUGGAGAAAGAGGUACGUCUGUGUGUUUUAUUGGAUGUUGUAUGUUCUAUUGGAUGUUGGAUGUUCUAUUAGAUGGUGGAUGUUAUAUUGGAUGUUCUAUUGCAUGUUGGAUGUUCUAUUGCAUGUUGUAUGUUCUAUUGGAUGUUGGAUGUUCUAUUGGAUGUUCUGUUGGAUGUUCUAUUGCAUGUUGUAUGUUCUAUUGGAUGUUGGAUGUUCUAUUGGAUGUUCUAUUGGAUGUUGGAUGUUCUAUUGCAUGUUGUAUGUUCUAUUGGAUGUUGGAUAUUCUAUUGGAUGUUCUAUUGGAUGUUCUAUUGGAUGUUGGAUGUUCUAUUGGAUGUUCUAUUGGAUGUUGGAUGUUCUGUUGGAUGUUGGAUGUUAUAUUGGAUGUUCUAUUAGAUGUUGGAUGUUCUAAUGGAUGUUGGAUGUUCUAUUGGAUGUUGGAUGUUAUAUUGGAUGUUGGAUGUUCUAUUGGAUGUUGGAUGUUAUAUUGGAUGUUCUAUUAGAUGUUGGAUGUUCUAUUAGAUGUUGGAUGUUCUAAUGGAUGUUCGAUGUUAUAUUGGAUGUUGGAUGUUCUAUUGGAUGUUGGAUGUUCUAUUGCAUGUUGGAUGUUCUUUUGGAUGUUGGAUGUUCUAUUAGAUGUUGGAUGUUCUAUUGGAUGUUCUAUUGGAUGUUGGAUGUUCUAUUGCAUGUUGUAUGUUCUAUUGGAUGUUGGAUGUUCUAUUGGAUGUUCUAUUGGAUGUUGGAUGUUCUAUUGCAUGUUGUAUGUUCUAUUGGAUGUUGGAUGUUCUAUUGGAUGUUCUAUUGGAUGUUGGAUGUUCUAUUGCAUGUUGUAUGUUCUAUUGGAUGUUGGAUGUUCUAUUGGAUGUUCUAUUGGAUGUUGGAUGUUCUAUUGGAUGUUCUAUUGGAUGUUGGAUGUUCUAUUGGAUGUUGUAUUGGAUGUUGGAUGUUAUAUUGGAUGUUCUAUUAGAUGUUGGAUGUUCUAAUGGAUGUUGGAUGUUCUAUUGGAUGUUGGAUGUUAUAUUGGAUGUUCUAUUGGAUGUUAUAUUGGAUGUUCUAUUGGAUGUUGGAUGUUCUAUUGGAUGUUGGAUGUUCUAUUAGAUGUUGGAUGUUCUAAUGGAUGUUGGAAGUUCUAUUGGAUGUUGAAUAUUAUAUUGGAUGUUCUAUUAGAUGUUGGAUGUUCUAAUGGAUGGUGGAUGUUCUAUUGGAUGUUGGAUGUUCUAUUGGAUGUUGGAUGUUCUAUUGGAUGUUGGAUGUUAUAUUGGAUGUUAUAUUAGAUGUUAGAUGUUCUAAUGGAUGUUGGAUGUUGAUAUGCUGGUAGAGCACGGCGCUUGUAACGCCAAGGUAGUGGGUUCGAUCCCCGGGACCACCCAUACACAAAAAAUGUAUGCACGCGUGACUGUAAGUCACUUUGGAUAAAAGCGUCUGCUAAAUGGCAUAUUAUUUAUUAUUAUUAGAUGUUGGAUGUUAUAUUGGAUGUUCUAUUAGAUGUUGGAUGUUCUAUUGGAUGUUUGAUGGGAUGUUGGAUGUUCUAUUGGAUGUUGGAUGUUAUGUUGGAUGUUGGAUGUUAUAUUGGAUGUUCUAUUAUAUGUUGGAUGUUCUAAUGGAUGUUGGAUGUUAUGUUGGAUGUUAUAUUGGAUGUUCUAUUAUAUGUUGGAUGUUCUAUUAGAUGUCGGAUGUUCUAUUGGAUGUUGGAUGUUCUAUUGGAUGUUGGAUGUUCUAUUGGAUGUUGGAUCUUCAAUUGGAUGUUGGAUGUUCUGUUGGAUGUUAAAUUGGAUGUUGGAUGUUAUAUUGGAUGUUCUAGUAGAUGUUUUAUUUUCUAUUAGAUGUUGGAUGUUCUAUUGGAUGUUCUAUUGGAUGUUGGAUGUUCUAUUGGAUGUUCUAUUGGAUGUUGAAUGUUAUAUUGAAUGUUCUAUUGGAUAUUGGAUGUUGGAUGUUAUAUUGGAUGUUCUAUUGGAUGUUGGAUGGUAUAUUGGAUGUUCUAUUAGAUGUUGGAUGUUCUGUUGGAUGUUCUAUUGGGUGCUGGAUGUUACAUUGGAUGUUCUGUUAGAUGUUGGAUGUUAUAUUGGAUGUUCUAUUGGAUGUGCUAAGAUGUACUUUAUCAAUUAAAAUUAUGUAAUCCACACACUAUACAAUGUUCUUGUAAUCACAAGAACAUAGCUUUGAGUAUAUCAAUUAGAAACCAGUUUUAAUCAUACUCGAUGAGUAAUGAUGACUAUUGUUUCCCCUCCUCAGAUUGUGUUUCUUAACAGCCAGUUGGACAGACACUGUAUAAAGGUUUCUAAAGUGGCUGAGAGGUAGGUAUGAGCGAAGCUCCACCAUCUCACCUAUAAAACAUAUCCUGUCAUAAAGCUCCACCAUCUCACCUAUAAAACAUAUCCUGUCAUAAAGCUCCACCAUCUCACCUAUAAAACAUAUCCUGUCAUAAAGCUCCACCAUCUCACCUAUAAAACAUAUCCUGUCAUAAAGCUCCACCAUCUCACCUAUAAAACAUAUCCUGUCAUAAAGCUCCACCAUCUCACCUAUAAAACAUAUCCUGUCAUAAAGCUCCACCAUCUCACCUAUAAAACAUAUCCUGUCAUAAAGCUCCACCAUCUCACCUAUAAAACAUAUCCUGUCAUAAAGCUCCACCAUCUCACCUAUAAAACAUAUCCUGUCAUAAAGCUCCACCAUCUCACCUAUAAAACAUAUCCUGUCAUAAAGCUCCACCAUCUCACCUAUAAAACAUAUCCUGUCAUAAAGCUCCACCAUCUCACCUAUAAAACAUAUCCUGUCAUAAAGCUCCACCAUCUCACCUAUAAAACAUAUCCUGUCAUAAAGCUCCACCAUCUCACCUAUAAAACAUAUCCUGUCAUAAAGAUUGUUAAAUCAACACAACAAAUGUGGAAUUCCAGAGCUCUUAAUAUAAUAAUUAUUUAUGAAUUAUGCUUUUAGAUACAAAUGUCAAAUAUCCUUCCUCCAAAGGAACAUUCUAUGGAUUACAUUUUGUGAAAAUCCCCCAAAUCAUGGAAAUCCCCCAAAUCAUGGAAAUCCCCCAAAUCAUGGAAAUCCCCCAAAUCAUGGUCUUUUUUUUUUUGUCCCGGUUUGACCUUUAGGCUCAGUAGCCAAGUGCAUUUUUUAUUUUUAUUUGACCUUUAUUUAACCUUUAUUUAACCUUUAUUUAACUAGGCAAGUCAGUUAAGAACAAAUUCUUUUUUACAACGACGGCCUACCCCGGCCAAACCCGGACAACACUGGGCCAAUUGUGCGCCGCCCUAUGGGACUUCCAAUCAUGGCCAGAUUGUGAUACAGCCUGGAAUCGAACCAGGGGGUCUGUAGUGACGCCUCAAGCACUGAGAUGCAGUGCCUUAGACCGCUGCACCACUCGGGAGCAUGCAGCUCUCCAGUUAAUCAUAGGUUUUUAUAGUAGAGUGCUGUUAAGCCACUAGCCCACAGCACCAGCACAGAGACUGUGAUUACUCCAGGGGUCAUCUGGUGGGUUACCUUUGACCCUUGCCAUAGUGCUGUGGUUGAUAGGGGGCUCAAACUUAGGUAGGCAGGGCUGCCAACUUUUGAAAAAAAUUGGAGGGAGAUUUGCUAUGUGAAUUCAAUUGCCCCCUGGCACAAUCCCUAGACGAGGGACUGGGGGUGCUCCCCCAGGAAGAUUUUACUGUUUUAAAGCUGAUUUCCUGCAAUUAUACAGUGGGGAGAACAAGUAUUUGAUACACUGCCGAUUUUGCAGGUUUUCCUACUUACAAAGCAUGUAGAGGUCUGUAAUUUUUAUCAUAGGUACACUUCAACUGUGAGAGACGGAAUCUAAAACAAAAAUCCAGAAAAUCACAUUGUAUGAUUUUUAAGUAAUUAAUUUGCAUUUUAUUGCAUGACAUAAGUAUUUGAUCACCUACCAACCAGUAAGAAUUCCGGCUCUCACAGACCUGUUAGUUUUUCUUUAAGAAGCCCUCCUGUUCUCCACUCAUUACCUGUAUUAACUGCACCUGUUUGAACUCAUUACCUGUAUAAAAGACACCUGUCCACACACUCAAUCAAACAGACUCCAACCUCUCCACAAUGGCCAAGACCAGAGAGCUGUGUAAGGACAUCAGGGAUAAAAUUGUAGACCUGCACAAGGCUGGGAUGGGCUACAGGACAAUAGGCAAGCAGCUUGGUGAGAAGGCAACAACUGUUGGCGCAAUUAUUAGAAAAUGGAAGAAGUUCAAGAUGACGGUCAAUCACCCUCGGUCUGGGGCUCCAUGCAAGAUCUCACCUCGUGGGGCAUCAAUGAUCAUGAGGAAGGUGAGGGAUCAGCCCAGAACUACACGGCAGGACCUGGUCAAUGACCUGAAGAGAGCUGGGACCACAGUCUCAAAGAAAACCAUUAGUAACACACUACGCCAUCAUGGAUUAAAAUCCUGCAGCGCACGCAAGGUCCCCCUGCUCAAGCCAGCGCAUGUCCAGGCCCGUCUGAAGUUUGCCAAUGACCAUCUGGAUGAUCCAGAGGAGGAAUGGAAGAAGGUCAUGUGGUCUGAUGAGACAAAAAUAGAGCUUUUUGGUCUAAACUCCACUCGCCGUGUUUGGAGGAAGAAGAAGGAUGAGUACAACCCCAAGAACACCAUCCCAACCGUGAAGCAUAGAGGUGGAAACAUUAUUCUUUGGUGAUGCUUUUCUGCAAAGGGGACAGGAUGACUGCACCGUAUUGAGGGGAGGAUGGAUGGGGCCAUGUAUCGCGAGAUCUUGGCCAACAACCUCCUUCCCUCAGUAAGAGCAUUGAAGAUGGGUCGUGGCUGGGUCUUCCAGCAUGACAACGACCCGAAACACACAGCCAGGGCAACUAAGGAGUGGCUCCGUAAGAAGCAUCUCAAGGUCCUGGAGUGGCCUAGCCAGUCUCCAGACCUGAACCUAAUAGAAAAUCUUUGGAGGGAGCUGAAAGUCCGUCUUGCCCAGCGACAGCCCCGAAACCUGAAGGAUCUGGAGAAGGUCUGUAUGGAGGAGUGGGCCAAAAUCCCUGCUGCAGUGUGUGCAAACCUGGUCAAGACCUACAGGAAACGUAUGAUCUCUGUAAUUGCAAACAAAGGUUUCUGUACCAAAUAUUAAGUUCUGCUUUUCUGAUGUAUCAAAUACUUAUGUCAUGCAAUAAAAUGCAAAUGAAUUACUUAAAAAUCAUACAAUGUGAUUUUCUGGAUUUUUGUUUUAGAUUCCGUCUCUCACAGUUGAAGUGUACCUAUGAUAAAAAUUACAGACCUCUACAUGCUUUGUAAGUAGGAAAACCUGCAAAAUCGGCAGUGUAUCAAAUACUUGUUCUCCCCACUGUAUGUAUUUUUACAUGGCUUAGGCCUAUGACCACGGUGGAAAAUUAGGUGUAUUCAGGAUGCUUUGAACAUUAAAUGAACACUCAAAAUUCGAUUACUUUGUUACUUUGAGAUAUUUGGGGGAUGAAAUGUAAAGUAUGCUAAUCUUUUUUUAAAAACAUAUUUCCUUAGGUGGUUUGACACUUUAUUCAGACAGUAAUGAAAUGAGAUGGGGAGACGGGCUAAUGCUAGAAACAGUGGGAAGGUUAGAAGCAGGUGGAAAGUUGUAUGCGACACGUGCCAGGGAGUGUUACCACUACACCAAGGCUUUACACAGGAAAUUGUAAUAUUAAUGGUUGAUGGCAGUGGGGUAACCAAAUCAUAGAUUGCAGUCUGGUUGGCCAUAGACUGCUUUCAAGGUAAGGACACAAACAUUUUAUAUUUUGUAUUUUGGGUGAACUCUCUCUUUUAAAAAUAGGGCUGAAAGAAAAUCCUGCUAGCUCUCCAGGAAGGUUGGUCACCCCAGAUCUGUGGUCCUCUGUAGCUCAGCUGGUAGAGCACGGCGCUUGUAACGCCAAGGUAGUGGGUUCGAUCCCCGGGACCACCCAUACACAAAAAUGUAUGCACGCAUGACUGUAAGUCGCUUUGGAUAAAAGCGUCUGCUAAAUGGCAUAUUAUUAUUUAUUAUUAUCUAUGUUUCCCAAGUGCCGGGUGUUUGAAAAUGUUCUUGUUAUAACAAUUAAUUUAUCAAAAUCACCCAACCUUCAAGAAAAGUCUAAUGAAUAUCAAUAUUCAGGUGGUUUAUGCCUACUAGUUGAAGAUCCCUGUCAUCAUCUUACUCUACAUAGAAACAAUAUGAUGUGUUUAUGAGUUGAGAGCCCCCUUACCAUCUCUGCCUAGCACGUGCACAAUACUAAAAUGUCAAAAAUUAUAUUUGAUUCGCGCAGCAUUUAAUAUCCAAUGCUUAUUUGUAUGACUUUGUUCAAAACAAUCCGUGAAUGGCUGCAAAAAUACAUGGCCUCAUAUAAUUCAUUUUCAAAGACACAAGUAGGGCAUAUCAGAUUUCAAAUAUGUGAUUACACUGUCAUUACUGGAAAGAAGUGGAACAAUAAAAUAAGUGUGGUGAAUAUUAGUAGUGUUGUUGCUCUGACAAGCACACCAAUUACCCUGUAUUAUAGCCCAUUGUUAAGAAUGAGAAUUGUUCCACUGGUCAGACCAAAUAAAGUAAAUGGCUAAUAAAAUCUCCUGAAGACUAGAUAACAUAAAUAUGCCCCUACGCCAGUGGCGACCCGUCAUUCAGAGCAGGUGGGGCAGAGUCCCACCUGUUUAGUUAAAAAAAAAAAAAAAAUAAUAAUAAUAAUAAUUUUCAAUACAAUUUUGUUGCCUGUUUUGCAUGUUAUUUUGGCAUUAAUUUGUGUCACAUAUCAGAUUGCAAACAAUGUAAAAAAAAAUAUAUAUAUAUAUAUAUAAUUGAGUUAAUAAAGCCUCAUACAAAUUUGGUUUCUUUUUUGCUUUCUUGAGUAAGGCAGCUCCAAAAUGCAGGUGUUUCAGCCUAGCUCAGUGCUUUCUGUGGUGGUGGGGCAACCAGCGGAAAAUACAGAGCGUAGGGGUUGGUAAUCUCCUCUAGUUGCGCCGUGAUUGGCUCAGUGUUCUGUCACUCAUGGGAACACUACGUCACUGCAAAAUCUACAGGGAGAACUAGAAUGUUCAAGCACCCUUGGGUGCUGCCAUAGAUUUACAUUAGAAGUGCCCAUCCAAGAAGGCUCAAGGUCAUUGGCCACAGAUAAAAUGACGUCAAAUUAUAUCUACCGUAGCUUUGAUUGGACUGAUCAUGUCAACAUCAGACUUUCAAAAUCUUAGCUAGCAAGCUAGACAAGCAGUCACCAUCAUGAAUCAAGUCGACAAUCUACUGGUAAUGCCUUUUCAAUCCUUGUCAUAUGAAGAUAAAUUAUAGAUAAAACUUAUCGGUGCUCAUCGGCCAUUGGACAUAAACAUUACACAACAAGUUGGAAAUCGCAAAUUCAACAAUGAGUGGUUUGGAAGGAAUCUGUGGCUAACUGCAAGCGUUGCAAAGCAAUCACUAGCCUGCUAUUCAGUGGAGCGGGUGUGUGGUCCAAGUCUGGGUUUAAGGGUCUCUUUUCCAAGCUUAAAAGGAUAAACAUUCACAUACAACAUCAUGGGCCAGAAAAGGUUGAAUACGUUGGCCAUGCUGUCAAUCCAGCAUGACUUCUGCCGAGUUCAAAACAACUGGAAACUGGGAAAUCUCAGACUUCAGUGAUCUCAAGACAACUGGGUUACUCGGAAAAAAAGAGCUCAGACUGCGAUUUGGCAUGGGUCCCCAGAUCCUCAAAAAGUUAUACAGCUGCACCAUCGAGAGCAUCCUGACCGGUGGCAUCACUGCCUGGUAUGGCAACUGCUCGGCAUCCGACCGUAAGGCGCUACAGAGGGUAGUGUGUACGGCCCAGUACAUCACUGGGGCCAAGCUUCCUGCCAUCCAGGACCUAUAUAGUAGGCGGUGUCAGAGGAAGGCCCAAAAAAUUGUCAAAGACUCCAGCCACCCUAGUCAUAGACUUUUCUAUGUGCUACCGUAUGGCAAGCGGUACCGGAGUGCCAAGUCUAGAUCCAAAAGGAUCCUUAAUAGCUUCUACCCCCAAGUCAUAAAACUCCUGAACAAUUAAUAAAAUGGCCACCCGGACUAUUUACAUUGACCCCCCCUUUUGUUUUUACACUGCUGCUACUCGCUGUUUAUUAUCUAUGCAUAGUCACUUUACCCCUACCUACAUGUACAAAUUACCUGGACUAACCUGUACCCCCGCACAUUGACUCGGUACCGGUACCCCCUGUAUAUAGCCUCGUUAUUGUUAUUUUAUUGUGUUACUUUUUAUUUUAUUUAUUACUUUAGUUUAUUUAGUAAAUAUUCUCUUAACUCUAUUUCUUGAACUGCAUUGUUUGUUAAGGGCUUGUAAGUAAGCAUUUCACGGUAAGGUCUACACCUGUUGUAUUCAGCGCAUGUGACAAAUAACAUUUGAUUUGAUUUGAAAAUACGUUUUGAACGGUCGUCCAACUCGGAAUUCCAAGUCGGGAACUCGGGCCUCUUUCUAGAACUCCGACCUGAAGAUCACUGACGUCACGAUUCGACCUUGUUUUGUUCCGAGUUCCCAGUUGUCUUGAAAGCACCAUAAAUCCAGAGAAUGCCAGACUUUGAUGACAAAGUUUGAUGACAAAAUUAGCCCACAAGAAGGACACCUUCCUGUUCAAGUGAGCACAGCACAACAAGGUGCUGCUGCAUACAUGAUGUAAUAUGCCAGGGAGAUAUGUAUACUGUAGCUAAGAAAGUAAUACUAAGUGUGUGUUGUGUAGUAAGCUGUUAGUAGCCCAUGUGCCUCACCCUAAUAAUUUGGUCCCUUUUCCCCCCUCAUAAUAUAGCCUACUGUUGUGACUUGGUGGUGCACAUGUAGCCUAUAACCUGUUUUAGAGAAAUGUAAUCAUCAAAUAUUGUAAGAGCUUUCAUUGUCUGCUUAUAUUCCCCCUUUAGUUAGCCUAAGGUUCUGACUUGGUGUACAGGGAGAACACUGUAAGAACGGCCCAUGUUCUGAAUUCUGUCGCUGUACAUUUCAAAAGUGCUGAACAAAUAGUUAGAUUGACUACGUUAUUCUUAGCUCGCUCAUUAAUGUCAUAAUCGAAAUGACGGAUUGCCUCUUAUGCGCUCAUCGUUCCCUUAUGCCAUAGUUUGUACAUCUCGAUUGUGAGUAGAAACCACAUUUGUUUAAGCAAGUCAGCCAUAUCGCCUAGGUUUUUUUUUUAAAGGCAGUAAAUGAGGCUGAAUUAACUGUUUCGCUGCCAGACAAGGCUCCGCUGAUAGCCAGGUGUAGCGGUGGUAAGGAUUCACUCCAUGGUGCUGAAAAGAAAGCUCUGCUGUUGGGACAGCUUCAUGGAGGCCCUAACAGUUUGUGGGCACUGUUUGUCACCGUUAUAGUGCAAUGAAUGUACUGUUUUGUGUUGUGUUGUGUAGUGGCUUUGCUGACAUGCAUUUAAAAAAAAUGGAGUUUGCCCCACCAAGAUUGACAUGCUAAAAUCGCCGCUGCAGUACACUACCCAAAUUAUUUUAUAUUUGUUCUCCCCCCUCUAGAAUCAAACUUACACUUUUGGAUUCACAAUCUGUUUGACAAAAUGAUUUUUGUAACAUACUGUAGUUCUGUCUGCUGCCUUUUCGCUGUCACAGCCUAAAUGCCAAUCCCCAAACGAGGGGACUAAUGCAAGUGUGGGUUUAAAUCGAUUUUAGUACAUGCUGUCAAAAGGCUGCAUUCUGCAAUAGAGACAGGAGGAACAGCGACCUCAUUGGACAUAAAACAGGCUUCCGCGCUGCUCUUUUAAGAGUUUUUAGAAACUCAGCAGAGAAUGUUCUCUCUCCAUUCAGCUCCACUCUAAUCUUGAUGGGCGUUUUUUUUUUAAACAUGCAUCCAAUCCCACUUGAUCCUUUACAUAACUAGACCAAUCAUAUGCUUCAAUGUGCCGCGGUUCACAGUGCUGUGGCAAGACAGGACAAUGAUAGAGGUGUCGCUCGUGAUGUUAAAUUGCAGGCGCAGACGCUCCGAUUUCAAAACGAUUUGGGGCACAGUUGAAAAGUUAACUAGAAAAAUAAAAGCAGUACUUUUCAAUGCGUGAGAUAUAAGUGGUGUGCGGUGAGAGCGUGAGAAGAGGGUCAAAAUGCGUGUGUCUCGCGGCCAAUGUGUGAGAGUUGGCAGCUCUGCUUAGGCAGGGCUAGGGGCAAGGUACAGGCUGGAGGGCGGGGCUAGGGGCAAGGUACAGGCUGGAGGGCGGGGCUAGGGGCAAGGUACAGGCUGGAGGGCGGGGCUAGUGGCAAGGUACAGGCUGGAGGGCGGGGCUAGGGGCAAGGUACAGGCUGGAGGGCAGGGCUAAGGGCAAGGUACAGGCUGGAGGGCGGGGCUAGGGGCAAGGUACAGGCUGGAGGGCGGGGCUAAGGGCAAGGUACAGGCUGGAGGGCGGGGCUAGGGGCAAGGUACAGGCUGGAGGGCGGGGCUAAGGGCAAGGUACAGGCUGCAGGGCAGGGCAGGGCUAGGGACAAGGUACAGGCUGGAGGGCGGGGCUAGGGACAAGGUACAGGCUGGAGGGCAGGGCGGGGCUAGGGGCAAGGUACAGGCUGGAGGGCAGGGCGGGGCUAGGGGCAAGGUACAGGCUGGAGGGCGGGGCUAAGGGCAAGGUACAGGCUGGAGGGCGGGGCUAGGGGCAAGGUACAGGCUGCAGGGCAGGGCGGGGCUAGGGGCAAGGUACAGGCUGGAGGGCGGGGCUAAGGGCAAGGUACAGGCUGGAGGGCGGGGCUAGGGGCAAGGUACAGGCUGGAGGGCGGGGCUAGGGGCAAGGUACAGGCUGGAGGGCAGGGCUAAAAUGUAAAUGUAAAUGUAGGCUAGGGGCAAGGUACAGGCUGGAGGGCGGGGCUAGGGGCAAGGUACAGGCUGGAGGGCGGGGCUAGGGGCAAGGUACAGGCUGGAGGGCAGGAAUGAAGUGGUUUAUGGUUUCUAGGGCUAGGGGAAAGGCUGGAGGGCAGGACUGAAGUGGUUUAUGGUUUCUAGGGCUAGGGGAAAGGCUGGAGGGCAGGUCUAGGGGCUUGGGUCAAGGCUGGAGGGCAGGACUGAAGUGGUUUAUGGUUUCUAGGGCUAGGGGAAAGGCUGGAGGGCAGGUCUAGGGGCUUGGGUCAAGGCUGGAGGGCAGGACUGAAGUGGUUUAUGGUUUUCAAAUGUGACCUUCUACCAGGGAUUGCGUGUGUGUGGUGCUUUUCUAAGAAUUCCUUUACAGAGUUCAAAGCCAUUGGUGCCAUGAUGAUGCAGGCAGGGUGUUUCAAACUGGGCUCGCACUGUGGCGGAAACUACUCUUGGCUCACCAGUUUCAACCUAAUAGUUUAGCCUUACAUUAAUAGGUUUCCGAUCUGUGUCAAGUAGUAGGGGCCUACAGUAGAACUGAUAUCUGACUGUAGGGCCUACAGUAGAACUGAUAUCUGACUGUAAGGCCUACAGUAGAACUGAUAUCUGACUGUAGGGCCUACAGUAGAACUGAUAUCUGACUGUAGGGCCUACAGUAGAACUGAUAUCUGACUGUAGGGCCUACAGUAGAACUGAUAUCUGACUGUAGGGCCUACAGUAGAACUGAUAUCUGACUGUAGGGCCUACAGUAGAACUGAUAUCUGACUGUAAGGCCUACAGUAGAACUGAUAUCUGACUGUAAGGCCUACAGUAGAACUGAUAUCUGACUGUAGGGCCUACAGUAGAACUGAUAUCUGACUGUAAGGCCUACAGUAGAACUGAUAUCUGACUGUAGGGCCUACAGUAGAACUGAUAUCUGACUGAUCAUGUGUCAUUCUUCACAAUGUCCAUCUCUGUGUGUUGUCUGUUGUGUUGCUGUCAGUCUGAUGACUUACACUGAGCAGUACCAGGAGUAUGACCCGUUGGUGGUGUCACCAGAACCGUCCAACCCCUGGGCCAGUGACGACCUCUCAUUCUGGGACCUAGAGGCCAGGUAAGAACCACAACCCUAAGUUCCCCAGUCGGUGGACUGGUAUCUGUGACUUCCCUGUCUGAUACAUACUUGUCUCUGGUCUCUGUCUCUCCCAAAGCACCUAAUGUAUGGCUUUUCCUACAAAACUAAUCCACCUAGCCACUUCAGCUGCAAAAUCACCCUCAGUGACAGAGAGGAUCAUGGGGGGGCAAUGACAACUUAUUAUCGUCCUGUUUCAUUACUAAAUGGUGAAAUCAAAGUACCAUAAUCAAAGAGAGCCAACUGUCUCAGGGGUCACCAAUGCUGUGUCUUAAAGCCCCGUUUAUACCUGGUUCUAACAUGCGCCCUUUGUCCUGAUCCUGUCCACAUUCUGAUCGUGCCCACAUUGUAGCCGUUGGUACACAUUGGUAGCGAAACGUGUCUGUUAUCUGUCCACUAUGUCCGAAUUGUGACCAGAUUUCCUGGUGCCUCCCUGUAUGCAGAUUGUUUGACAGAUAUUAUUUCAAAGUGAUAUGAAUGUAUUUAUUUGAAGACAAUUAUUUAUGCCAUAUGUCAAUGGUGCCAAUGAUUUUAGAGGCCAGUAUAAUGAUGAUUUAAAUUAUUUGAUCAUCCAGAUCUGUUUACACUUGAUUGAUAUCCAGAUACAACGAGUCCCUAGCCCUAUUUAUACCUGUGUCUGCAUUGUGACCAGAUUUCCUGGUCCCUUCCUUUAUGCAAAUUAUAUUUCACAGCUAUUCUUUCAAAAUAAUAUGUAUUUAUUGUAAGACACAUAUUGAUGUAAUCAGUCAAUGGUGCCACCUGUCAAUGAUGUUAAAGGGUAGAAUAAUGAUGAUUCAAAUGGUGUCUCUGUCCAGAUCUGCCUACACUUGUGAGAUAUCCAGACACAAUGUGUCUUGACUACCUCCGGAGGUGGGCAGGAUGAUCUGAUCACAAUGUAUUUUUUGAUUGUCUACACCCGUCUAAAAAUGUGGUCACAAUCAGAAUGUGGACAAGUUCAGGACAAAGGACGCAUGUUAGAACCAAGUGUAAACAGGACUUUAGAUAAUCAUCCUUAAAGUCUGAACAAUCUGAACAAAGGGCAAUGACAUCCUAUUGUCCUACAUCAUUAUUAGAUCCAGAUAUGAAAGAUAUUUCAUGGUGGACGAUGCUGUUGCUGAGCACCAUGUGUAGUCUGUCUGUAACCCUUCUGGUCUCCUAGACUUAUGCAGAGAUGAAUCAACCCAGACAUAUAAUCAUUGUGCCUAAUGUAGCUUCAUAAUCCUGAUAAAUUGAUUAAUUACAUUACAGGUUAGAGGGAAAUGUCCUGCAGAGAUGUAAAUGAUUAGGUGUCAUGUGAACGCUGCCAUUACAGGACUAUGCUGUCACUGUUUCUACAUCGCUGCCACCACUUGUCCAACAUCAUGUGGUGUUUGAGACUGUUUGAGAUCACAGUAUUCAUUUUUUUCCCUGUCUGUCUAUUUUAUUUAACUCCUGCUCUUUCAUGAACUCAAACUUUUCCUUCCUCCUACUCUCUCCUUCUGUAUCCCCCCCCCUUAGUAAGGACCCCAGUCAACAGAGGGUGAGGAAGUGGGGUUUCUCUCUAGAAGAAGCUCUGAAGGAUCUGGCAGGUCGCGACCAGUUCCUCAAGUUCCUGGAAUCAGAGUUCAGCUCAGAGAACCUA